CACUUGGAAACAAGCCGCUAGCAACCCACGCCUGGAAGCCCGAGGGCCCGACAUCUCCAAGAUGGACUCGGGGGAUUCCUGCCGCCGCAGAGAGGGAACUUCUCGGGGGUCCCACGGCUUUCUAGUCGGAGCCGAGUUCUGGCCCCCAACCCUGCGUCCCGCGCGCGUCUUCCGCGGAGGCCGCAAGAGCGUGGCGGCCCAGGAGGAGGCCCCGGCCGCCAGCCCACUGCUGGAAGACCUCAGGCGGCGGCUGGUGCGCGCCUUCCAGCGGGCGGUGCCACGCGGCCGCUCGCGGCGCUCGCGGGAGGCGGCGGCGGCGCGGGAGGAGCGGAGCCGGGCGCGAGUGGAGAGCGCCCUGGCCGGGUUGCGCGCAGAGCUGCUGGAAAUGCGUUUCCAAAAUCGCCAGCUGGCCAGAACUUUGCUGGAUUUAGAUAUGAAAAUGCAGCAAUUGAAAAAGGAGUACGAACUGGAAAUGGCAUCAGAAUCACAAAGCUCGGAAGAUAAUGAUGUGAAUCUGGAAUGAGGAAACGCAGAGAUGCAGAUCUGAACCCCAAACAUAACAUAGACAACGCUGAAACAAUUCUGACAGUAACAUUAUGACCGCUUUGCAUCAGACUUUUAGGGGCAGUUUGUGGGGCCAAAAACUUUGAUGCCAUUGGGGAAGUGACAGAAAACAUCUAAAGAAAGGGGAGAGAGAAAAUAGUGUAUUAUCAGGCUUUAAAGUUACUUAUUCAUUGUUUUGGCUGGGAAAGAGAAGUAAAAAGAAUGUACUGAAGAAUGCCUUUAUGCCAAUUUCCAGUAUUUGGUCUUGUGCCAUCCUAACUUUCUAUCAUUACCUGAACUUUCAGAAUCUGUGCUUGUUUUCGUUCUACUUGAUUAUUAUUCUUAGUUUGUCUGCCCAGUUAGCUGUUUAGAGGCCUUAUCUUCACACCCCCAUUAUGAGAAUUACUUUCUGCUUAGAUUCCAACCAUACCCUCUAGGUAGAGUCUGCUAUUAAGGGUGCCCCACCUCCUUGGAUAUUGUCAAGGCAGUUUGAUCAACUUGUCCUCAGGAGUUUUUGAACUAGAACUAAGGGAGUAGAUGAGUAUUGGAAACGGACAGUGGAAGCUGAGGGAUGGGAACUUGGAAGCUGCUGGUGGCCACCACAUGAGAAAAGACUAGUUCUCAUUAAGGGUGUUGAAACAGAACCACUGAGACCACAGAAGGGGAGGGAGAGAGCUACUCUUCCUUGUCUUGGGGUCCAGCUGUUGAAAACUGCAGCUCUUGCUGUCAUUUGGAUACAUAAAAAAUUCUCAAAUCUCUUCCUGAUAAAAUCUCCUUUUGCCUAACUCACUGAGUUGGUCUUUUAUGACUUGUACCCCAAAGAUUUCUAAUUAACACAAUCCCUCUGUCAAGCUUUAAGGAGUUAAAAUGGUUCCAGUAGAAUUAGAAUAUCUACCUCCACCUUUAAAAGUCCUGCCUUCUUAAUGCAAAAAAUAAAGUUAUUAAAAAAACAGGU